CCCGGUCGCCCGGGGAACCACGAUAAACAAACCCCGCGCCUCGCCCGGGAGUCUCCUGCGUCGUGGGAGAACGGAGCAGCUGGCACAAGCGUGGCGAGGUAAAUCUCCCUCCUCCUCUUCCUCCUCGUCCUCCUCCUCCUCGUCGUCGCCACCUUCGAACGCAAGGCGGGUCUCGUUGUAGGCAUGACGAGAGGUCUUUCAGCGCAAAAUGACGGAAUUCAGCCACAGAUUCCCCGUCAUCCCCGUUGCCGACAGGUCACGGCCGUCGUCCGGCCAGCAGGGGCCGUCGAGACGCGAACAGCGUUCUCCACAACCGCCCCACUCCUCGUCGCGCCUGCCCGCCCUGCCGAUGGCGCUGGUGGCGCCGGUGGGGCGCGUAGAGGUGCUGGAGGGGCGCGUGGCGCAGCAGGAGAAGACGCUGGGCGCCCUGCUGGAGCAGGCGCUGCGCAUCCGGGACGAGGUGGCGCUGAGCCUGCGCGCCGGGGGGCCCUGGGCCCCGGGGCAGGCGGCGGCAUCGGGCGCCGGCUGGGAGCGGGAGAGGGAGGCGCGGCGCAUGCUGGAAGAGCACAUCCGCAGCAUCGCGCUCAUCGUCCACCGGCUGGGACGUGAAGUCGAGGUGCUGGAGGCAGAGGUGCGCAUGCGCGACUCGACGGCGCUGGGCACGAGCAGCGCCGUGAAGACGCUGGAGAUGCACCACGUCACCGGCGUGGGCGACCUGCGUGGCCGAGUCGCCAGGUGCGACGCGAGCAUCGCGCGCCUCGCGGGGGAAUCGCGCACGCUGCAGGACUCCCUGGGGGGCAUCACGCGCGAACUCACGGCCGCGCGUGCCGCGCUCGACCUCAAGCUGCACGAGGUGGAGGCGCAGGUGGGGCAGGUGCUGGCGCGGCUGGAGAAGGAGAGCGCGGAGCACGAGGCCCGGCUCAGGCUCCUGCAGGGAGAGUGCGGACACCAGGUGGAGAUGCUCGACUCCAGGGUGAAGGCCGGGAUGGAGGACCUGCGAGCGGCGCUGAACGUGGCGGAGCACGACGGGGAGCACGAGCGGCAGCGUGUGGAGCACGACGUCGCCCGGCAGCUCCAGCAGCUGGCGGGCGCCGUUCGCGAGCGGCCGGAGCAGGUGGAGCGCCGGCUGCAGCUGCAGCUCCAGCAGGUGGUGUCCCGGCUGGAGCGGCUGGAGGAGUGGCGCGCGGGCGCGGAGCGCGAGGCGGCGAGCGCCGCGCAGAGCGCCGAGCGGCUGGCGGCUCGCGUCACGCGCCACGACAAGCGCCGGCACGACGAGGUCGCCGCCCUGCGUGCCGAGUACCAGGCCGGUUUCUCCGCGGUGCACGACAGCAUGAGUUCCCUGCGCGCCGUGCACGACGCUCGCUCGCGGCUCGAGCACGAGUCCGUGGCGCGGGAGGUGCGGCGCAUCCGCCGCAUGGUGGACGAGUGACCGACACGGGGAGUGGGAUGGGGGGGUCGCGGGGGAUCGCACCGGGGAUUUCCUGGGAUCAUCGGAGGUGCUGGCGGUCACCAGGGAUCGUGCCAGGAUCACGGAAGAUCACUGGGACUUUGCCAAGGAUCGUGCUGGACGAUCACCAGAAAGCACCGGGGAUUACCUGGGAAUGCCGGGGAUCAGAGAGGAUCAGUGGGAAUCAUGGUGUAGAUCGCGCCAGAGAUCACUGGCGAUCACCGGAGAUCACCGGAUCAUGCUGGGGAUCACCAGAGAUCAUCAGGGUACAACGGGGAUCGCGUUGACAGUGGCGGUAAUCAGCGAACAAAAAUAAAAUGAAGCAAAAUCGAACUGUAUCAAGCAGCAAAAGGGGCCUUGGAUUCCUGAGUGAUCAGGGCUGAACCAAAUCGAUCCUGCCAGUAUCUCCCUCCUCGCAUCUCCUUUGUUCUCCCGUCGUCUCACGAAAUCUCUCUUCUCUCAUCUUUAUUUUUCCUCACAUUCCCAUCAUCUCUAUCUACACCUCUCUCGUUUCACGGCAGCCCCGUCUCCGAUCAGGAUGACUCCUGAUCUAUUUACACCUCCAUCUUACGUGCACAUUUUUUUAUCGCCUGGUGGCAUCUCUGUCUCUCGUCUACAUCUCGUCUACAUCUCACUCGGAUCAUUCUAUCCGUGUCCUUUCACGACAUUCGUGGGGUUUCCCCGCACACACGCACAGGUCCGCCGAAGCGACUUCGCAGCAAACCUCGUGACUUUCGCCGCAGACAAAACGUUGCCGGCCACGAAUAAUCUUGUAUCCGCAUACUCCGUGUCAGGUAAAGGUGCAGCCCUGCAAUUGCUUGCUCAUGCCACUGCUGGCGCAAGUGCCUCCAACAGAGAGAGCAGCAGUAGCUCGCUGCCCUCUGGAGGGCAGUUGGCCUGCCCUUCCCACGCAGGCCGCACGCAAUACGCCGAUCAGCACGGUUGGCCAACGCGCAAUUCGAAAUAAUUUUAACAUACAGAAGACGGUCCCCGGCUUACGGAAGGUUUAGGUUCCCGAGAACGAUCCGUCACCCGCAUUUUCCAUGUCUCGGAAACUGAACAAUUUUCCCCCAAAAUCAAGAAAAAUGCCUCGUGAGGCUGCCCCGCCUUACGCCUGGCUCCACGGUUUUUCAUCCGCAACCUCACCGCGCUGCACUAAUUAAGCUUCCGUAACUCACGCAAACAUUUCCGCAUAUUGACAUUUUUUUAUAUGAUUUAUCGGAUGUCCGUAAGUUGGCUCUUCCACAACCCGGGGAUUGUCUGUACACACAACCGCUGCUCGGUAAAUUGAAGCAAUUGGCGGGACCCCGGGGUCCCAUCACUGCCCCGGGGUGGGAAAAACCGCGUAGUGACACGAGUCUUGCUGCCUU